CGUUCAGUGAAUAUAGGAGUGGGCGCAAAAGCGCGGAGUUUGGCAGUGCUUUUGGAGCGAGUGCUUUUAUAGAGAACCAUUUAAGCUUAGAAGAAGAGAGAGGGAAUCUCAAGUUGUAGCUUCUUUUUAUUCUUCUUCAUCUCGUUGAGGGCCGAAUUUUGAAGCUAAUGGCGUCUUCUUCUUCAUUCUGAACACAUUACAGCUGCAAAAAAGGCAAGGAAGAUGUUUCAUUUUCACAUUGUCUUUUUCGUUUCCAACCAAAAAAUUACACUUAUAAAAGCUAAGAACGAGGCUGAUGCUGAUGGGAAACUUGUGAUAUAGUCCAGUAACUCACCAUGUCAACAAGGCAAACUCACCUUCCUCCUCGUCCUCGCUGCCCGAUUCAAAAGAAAACAAUUUCUGGUUCUAUUGCACCAACCCCACCUGUUAAUGAAUUAUCUCAUGACAAUUCUUCUUCAGUAAGUUCUGUGUUGGAGGAUGAGCCUGUAUGGCUCGGUGAAUUAUUAAGUGACUGUGAAUCAAAGUCCUUUGGACAACCGCUUCGACGGUCAGCUAGCGACUCUGUCACCCUUCUAGAUGGUCUAGCAGACUCACUGAGGAGUAUGUGUAUUGCCAAAGAUGUGGAGAAUUCAGUUGGGAAUGAAACUUGUGAACAAUGGGAUCCAUCUUGCACUUAUGGACCUAACUCACCCAGGAGAAAAUGCAGUUCAGAUUUUUCAAACCACAGUAUGGUUUCAGCAUUAUCAGAAUUUGUUCAUCUUCACCAUGCUGCUCCGGUGCACACAGAUGCCUGCUCCUUUGCCGAGAACUCUUCUUCGAAUUUAAAUGGAAACAUUAAUGAAUCAGUUAGGGAUUUCAACACAAAUGAAAAUGCAGCAAAACGGCACAAUGGGCAGCGGUCAAGGGUUCGUAAGCUUCAGUACAUUGCUGAACUGGAGAGGAAGGUUAAUGUUCUCCAGACAGUAGAAUCACAGUUGGCAAUAAGAGUUGCCUCACUGCUUCAGGAACGGGUGGCUUUAUCAAUGGAGAAUAGCAAAUUAAAGCAGCAGGUUGCAAGAGUUCGACGUGAAAAAUUGACUUCAGAAGGUAGACACCAGGUACUUAAAAAGGAAGUGGAGAAAUUAAAGCUUGUUUUAGCAAAACUUCCAGAAAGACAGCAAGUCAAGAAGUCAUUUUGAGCCUUCUUCUUCCGGGACGUUAUUCAGACCGCCAUCGAACGAUCAUCGAUAAAAUCCAGGAGCAAACUUGAAAGUAUGAGGACAUGGGACUGAUGUGCUAGCCUCCUCCUGCCAUUGUUCUACCAUUGGCAAUGAUUUUCUGCCAUUGAAGUGGAACUUGAAAUUUGUUUUUACUGAUCUGACUUCACGAGGAAAAAAAAAAAAAAACUUUGAUUCCAUCUUUAGUGAUGUUUACUUGAAAGGGGCAAGCAUCCUCUCUGUCUUUGAAAAUGAACCUUUUGGAUUGGUGUAGCUAUGGUGUUUGAAGGGGUUUUAGAAAUUGAAUUUUUGCAGAAAAUUGGAGUUUGAUUCUGUAUCUAAAGGCAGGAUUCACUGGGUACACCCACAGGAAAAAUUAAAAGAAGAUUGAAAAAGAAAGACAGCAUAUGGACCUACAAUCAUUGUUGAAGGAAAAUUUUAUCCA